CAGCCAUAGAAAUGGGCAAUCGAACUCAGUGAAUACGACAUAGAGUAUCGAUCAAAGCCAAGUCUCAAGUCACAAGUACUGGCUGACUUCAUGACAGAACUCUCUCCGGAUGUAAUUGAUGAAGUCCCUGAGGAGAACUGGAUACUCUACGCAGACGGUUCCUCAUCAUCACAAGGAUCCGGACUAGGUAUUUUACUCCAAUCUCCCACCGGAGAAGUACUCGAGCAAUCACUCCGACUCCAAUUCAAAGCCUCCAACAAUGAAACGGAAUACGAAGCCUUGAUAGCAGGAUUGCGCCUUGCAAAAGGAAUCGGAACUAAGCGAAUCAAAGCUUUCAGCGAUUCACAGCUAGUGCAUGCGGACGCUCUAGCCGCCUUAGCUUCAAAUACAGAUCCAAAUCUGAGGUGUACCAUUCGCGUGGAGAACAUAGCCACACCAAGCAUCGAUCUUCCACCUCCGAUCUGCGUAAUCACCGAACCCCCGGAAGCUAUAGAGAUCGACGAUGAUCCGAAUAUUGAAGUAGACCCAGAGCCGACCGAUUGGAGAGAUCCCAUCAAACUCUACAUAGCAGAUGGCGAAGUACCCGCAGAUCGUUGGGAAGCAAGACGUCUCAAAACCAAGGCUGCUAACUAUAUCCUCCAUGAUGGCGAACUAAGAAACUCACGACGGAGACGGAGGCAAUCAUUCGGCGGACGAGCUCUAGCCCUUAAAAUAAAAAAAGAUGUGCGUUACUGGCCAACCAUGAUGGCGGACUGCGAGGCCUACGCGGCGAAGUGCGAAUCAUGUCAAAGGCACGGGCCAAUGAAGAACGUCUCCCUAGAACUGCUGAGCACAGUUACAGCACCAUACACAUUCAUGCGAUGGGCCAUGGACAUUGUAGGACCAAUGCCUCCUUCACGGUCUGAGAAAUUCUUGCUGGUUCUAACAGACUACUUCACCAAGUGGGUUGAAGCGGAAGCAUACCACGAAGUCAAGUCGCCUCAGGUCGUCGCAUUUAUAUGGAAAAACAUCAUAUGUCGGCACGGUCUACCUUACGAGAUUGUAACAGACAAUGGACCCAAGUUCGUCUCACUUAUCACAAGGCGAUUUCUCUCCAAAUGGAACAUCCACCUCACCAACUCGACGCCGAGAUACCCUCAAGGCAACGGACAAGCUGAAGCCACGAACAAAACAAUCAACGUGGCUGCGAAAUACUACAAUCAGAAUGUCAAAGAACGCCGCUUUAAUGUAGGCGACCUCGUCCUUCGCGAAGUCUUCCACAACACGAAGGAGGAAAACGCUGGGAAGCUCGGAGCUCGCUGGGAAGGACCCUACUUAAUCUCAAAAGUGGUCCAUCCCGGAGUCUACCAGCUCAUGACCAUGAACCUUAAGGAAAUCCAGAAUCCAUGGAACGCAGUCCACCUGAAAAAGUACUACUACUAAGUACGAAAAAAAAAAAAAGGCAAGAUCGGUCAUCUGAUCUCAACUUAUGUAACUUGAACUACGAAUGGCUUGAUCCCUUUAUUGGGUACGUAGGAAAUCCUUCGAAAGGAUGCAUCUAUAAUACUUAAUAAAAUUAAAGUUUGCAU